AUGGAUGUGAUUGGACCGAUAGAACCAAAAGCAUCGAAUGUUCACAGGUUCAUCUUGGUGGCUAUUGAUUAUUUUACAAAGUGGGUGGAAGCAGUAACUUUCAAGUCAGUGACCAAGAAGGUUGUGGUGGAUUUCAUCCAUUUCAACAUCAUGUGUCGGUUUGGUAUUCCAAAGGUGAUUAUAACUGAUAACGCUGCAAAUCUCAACAGCCACUUAAUGCAAGAGGUAUGCUACCAAUUUAAGAUUGAGCAUCAAAAUUCGACUCCGUAUCGCCCAAAGGCAAACGGGGCUGUAGAAGCUGCUAACAACAAUAAAAAAAAAAAGAUACUUCGUAAGAUGGUGCAAAGUUCUCGACAAUGGCAUGAAAAGUUGCCUUUUGCUUUGUUGGGUUAUCGCACUACAGUUCGUACGUCAGUGGGCGCUACCCUAUAUUCACAAGUAUACGGGACUGAGGCAGUUAUACCUGCAGAGAUUGAGAUCCCAUCUUUACGAAUUGUUGUGGAGGCUGAAAUUGAUGAUGAUGAGUGGAUCAAAACUCGGUUAGAGCAAUUAAGUUUGAUUGAUGAGAAGCGUCUGACAUCAGUAUGUCAUGGACAAUUAUAUCAGAAAAGAAUGGCACGGGCAUACAACAAAAAGGUGCGUCCCAGACAUUUUGAAGAGGGUCAAUUAGUGUUGAGACGCAUUUUGCCACAUCAUGCCGAAACCAAAGGCAAAUUUUCUCCAAAUUGGAGAGGACCAUUCGUUGUUAAAAGGGUAUUACCCAAUGGUGCUCUUUACUUAGCAGAUAUAGAAGGCAAAGUGACAGAAACGGUCGUCAAUGCUGAUGCUGUGAAAAGAUAUUACAUAUGA